AUGUCGGGAAUCACACCCUCAAAUGUGGUUAUAAUUCACCCGGAUCUAGGUAUUGGAGGUGCUGAAAGACUGAUAAUCGAUGUCGCGCUAGCCCUACAGAACCGCGGCCACCGUGUAACAAUUUACACUUCCCAUCGCGACAAGUCACACUGCUUUGAGGAAGCGCGAGAUGGCACCCUUGACGUGCGCGUGCGUGGAAACACCAUAUUCCCUGCGCAUAUAUUCGGCCGCCUUCAUAUCCUCAUGGCUUCCUUGCGUCAGCUACACUUGACAGUGUCACUAUUGUCGGAAUUGAGAUCUCGGAAGAAAUCAACACCGGAGAACGGCAGCAAAAAAACCGACGAGAACGAGAACCAAGACGAUAUAUUCAUUGUCGAUCAAUUGCCCGCCUGCGUACCCAUUCUGAAAACCUUCGGCCAACCACUCGAGUCCCGCCGCCAACGAAUCCUGUUUUACUGCCAUUUUCCAGACCAAUUGCUCGCACGACGAAACGAGGGAGGCUCCAUUCUCCAACUAGCAAAGCACAUUUAUCGGAUUCCAUUUGAUUGGUUUGAAGGAUGGGCCAUGAGUGCCUCGGACCGCGUCGUUGCGAACUCGAAAUUCUCGCGUGGAGUUGUGCAGCAGGUUUUUGGGAGUGAGGCUUUAGGAGAAGUCGAGGUGGUCUAUCCAUGUGUGGAUACAGAUUCUAAGGCCGCUGAGCCCGCAACUCAACCGGCAGAAGCUCUCUGGGGUGGUAAGAAGAUAUUCUUGAGCAUCAAUCGCUUUGAGCGGAAGAAGGAUAUGGCGUUGGCUAUCCGUGCCUAUAACGGAUUGAGUGCGGAAUCGCGAAAAGGAACACGUUUGGUGGUUGCUGGUGGUUACGAUAACCGAGUCCAAGAAAACGUCCAGUACCACCAAGAACUUGAUAGCCUCGCGACUGGCCUUGGUCUCAAGACUGCGACAGCAAAGACAGUCGUAACUGCGCUUGGAAUUUCCAAUGAGAUCGAUGUUCUGUUCCUUCCCUCCGUCUCCACCACCUUCAAAGAUACCUUGCUAGGCCAAUCCAGCCUCCUUCUCUAUACUCCGAUUAACGAACACUUUGGCAUUGUCCCCGUCGAGGCUAUGCAUGCGGGUCUUCCAGUGCUAGCUUCUAAUACAGGGGGACCUUUGGAAACAAUUGUUGAGGGUAAAACGGGCUGGCUCCGUGAUGCGCACGCUGUCGACGAAUGGACGGCGGUAAUGGAGAAAGUUCUCCACGGACUGAGCCCUGAAGAGAUUGACCAGAUAGCAGCAGCUGGCAAAUUUAGAGCUGCGCAUGAGUUCUCCCUCACAGCUAUGGGUAAUCGGUUGGAAGGAGAGAUCUCCACUAUGCUAUCAACACCGAGGCGUCCCUUCCAUGGAUGGACGCAGGUGUUUGUUGCGCUGGCUCUUUUCGUGGCCGUUCUUACCAACAUUGCCAUUUUUAUUUUCGGACAUAGUUUCACGUAA